AUGGUAUUAACAAAACGUAGUUGGAAUUUACCAUUAAUCUGUCAAAUAUGUGGUGAUAAAGCACGUGGAAUGAAUUUUGAAGUAAUGACAUGUAUGUCAUGUAAAGCCUUUUUUCGACGUCAUGCUUUACAGCCGAUAUGUUUUCUUCAAUGUCAACGUGAUAAUCACUGUGAAAUAACACUAUUAACACGCGGUAAUUGCUCAGCUUGUCGCCUAAGAAAAUGUUUUUCAUUCGGUAUGAAUCCAAAAUUAAUACGUUAUGAAUCGAAAAACCAUAAUCGAUUACCAAAAAAUAAAAAUAAAAGAUUACCACAGCCAUCACCACUUAAUCUUCUUCAAAGUGACACUUCAACCUUAACAAAGAUUGAAUGGGAUCUUUUAUCAAACAUAAUUCAUGCGUAUGAUCGAGGCAAUUCAAUUGAACAUACUAAAAAUUUGUUGGAACAGCAAGCAGCAGUACCGCCAAAACUUCGUUCAAAAGCAAAAUCAACAUUAGAUAUAAUUGGAUAUUAUUAUUCCGCAAUGAUAUCAUUCCUUGAACGUGUACCUUAUUUUCAUGACUUACCAAUAGGUGCACGUCAAGCUCUUAUUCAGCAUAAUUCUAUUACAUUAGGAGCAUAUAAUUCACUACUUAUUGUUCGCGAAGCAAACGGAUUAGAUUAUUCAAGUUAUAUUGUUGGUUGUCAGAAUCUUUGGGGUUAUGAAAAUUAUAUAUUGUCAAAAAAAUUUAUUUCGACAUUAGAACAAAAUGGAACACUUGUUAAAAUAAUGCUUUUAAUUACUGCUUUUUCUGAAAAUUGUUCAAUAGUUUCAUUAGAUUAUACAGAAAGCAUGGUAACAAUGACAAGUACAAGGUCUUUGGUUCGUAUACAAAAUAUAUUGGUAACGAUGCUUUGGAAGUAUUUAAUUUAUCAAUAUGGAUUUUUAGGAGCUGUUAAAUGUUUUAAUUCUUUUAUUAAAUAUGUUUUAAAUAUAAUUCGAUGGACUGCAGCAAAUCCUAGUACGCAACAUUCCGAUAUGGUUGAUACAAUUGUUGAAAAUACUACACGAUUAUUAACAAUGCAUGAUUGA